CAUGACGGUACACGGAAGCACUCAACAGAUUCUGUUCGGUUUACUCAAACGUUGUACAUCAAAAUAGCGGUAAAGACUACCCGCGAAGGAGGCUUAAAUUGGCGCAGAGAGUGAGUAUGGGUGUGUCAGAAUCAGAGGAAUCUUCUUUGUUACUGGACGAAAAGCUGCUUCGUUUCAUGGAGCAGCUGGAGUUACUGGAGGAGAAGCGAGCCACUUUCAACUCUCUCAUAGAGCAGGGGUGGUUUUCUAUGAGCAAGGCACGAUAUACGAUGGGAAACAAACAAGUCUCUGCACUUCAGUAUGCAAGUGAGAUUGAGCCACUAGUCUGUGUUCAAACUAGGACACUGGACAAUGGUGAGGUGGAAAUCACCACUGAAAGAUGUACACAAACGUGUCGUAAAGAGUCUGGAAAAGAUCAGAGAGCUAUAGAGGAUAUAGGACCUCAAGAAGAAGGUGUCAGGAGAAGAAACAGACCAAAAAGAGAAAUCGGAGAAAAAGAGGAAAGCGAGAGCACUGGUAGCGAGAAAGCUCCAGCUGGAAAACGUGACCAGAAUCCUCAGCAAGACCCACUGAAGUGGUUUGGAGUUUUGGUGCCACAGUCUCUAAAACAUGCACAAUCAUCUUUCAAGCAAGUAAUAGAACUGUCUGCUGAGAUCGCAGCACUCCAGGCUGCAGUUUUGAGCGCCAGACAGGAGCUGAAACACAGCUUGCAAAACAAGCACACUCCAGGGGAAAGGCUCAGCAACUCAGCUGGACAAGGUAGCAGACAUAAUACUUCUGCUGAGUCAAAGCAGGCGGAGGCUGAAAAACAGCUUUCAGCCAAGGACAGUCAGUAGAUGAUGCUUCAGGGGCUCGUUAACUAAAAAGAGAGCUUCCUGGUGGAGCUGGACGAGCAGAUCCCAGCAGUUCAAGCUUUCUGUGGAAAUCAUUGGUAAUUUAUUUAUUUCAUCUCUUUUUUUCCUUUUAAUUGAGAUGGAUGUGUUUGUGAAAAUGGUCUUAUUACACAUGUUGUAAAAUCAUAAAAUGUUAGCAGAACCUGUUUAAAUGUUUUCAAUAAAUGGCAAGCAGUGCUUUGGCAUAAGGCUGCCUGUUUUUGUGUGUGUGCUGUAACUAAUUACUUUAUUAAUUGUUAAUAA